AUGGCUUCCAAGUGCCUCAAGGCCGGCUUCUCUUCUGGGUCUCUCAAGAGCCCGGGAGGGGCCGGCGGGGCCUGCUCUCGCGUGUCCACGAUGUACUCCAGCAGCUCUUGCCAGCUCCCGAGUCUCUCCCGUGGGUCCCGAAGUUUCUCUGCGUGCUCAGCUGGGCUGGGCAGAAGCAGCUACAGGGUGGCCAGCUGCCUCCCUGCGCUCUGCCUCCCCGCCGGAGGCUUUGCCACCAGCUACAGCGUGGGUGGGGGCUGGUUUGGGGAGGGCAUCCUCACCGGCCACGAGAAGGAGACCAUGCAGUCCCUGAACGACCGCCUGGCCAGCUACCUGGAGAAGGUGCGCCAGCUGGAGCAGGAGAACGCCAGCCUGGAGAGCCGCAUCCGGGAGUGGUGUGACAAGCAGGUCCCCUACAUGUGCCCUGACUACCAGUCCUAUUUCCGGACCAUCGAGGAGCUCCAGAAGAAGACCCUGUGCAGCAAGGCAGAGAACGCCAGGCUGGUGGUGCAGAUCGACAAUGCCAAGCUGGCUGCAGACGACUUCAGGACCAAGUAUGAGAUGGAGGUCUCCCUGCGGCAGCUGGUGGAGUCAGACAUCAACGGCCUGCGCAGGAUCCUGGAUGACCUGACCCUGUGCAAGUCUGACCUGGAGGCCCAGGUGGAGUCCCUGAAGGAGGAGCUGCUCUGCCUCAAGAAGAACCACGAAGAGGAAGUGAACUCACUGCGCUGCCAGCUUGGUGACCGGCUCAACGUGGAGGUGGACGCUGCCCCACCUGUUGACCUGAACCGAGUCCUGGAUGAGAUGAGGUGCCAAUAUGAGACCUUGGUGGAGAAUAACCGCCGGGAUGCUGAAGACUGGUUUGACACCCAGACCGAGGAGCUGAACAAGCAGGUGGUGUCCAGCUCGGAGCAGCUGCAGUCCUGCCAGGCGGAGAUUGUCGAGCUGAGACGCACGGUCAACGCCCUGGAGAUCGAGCUGCAGGCCCAGCACAGCAUGAGAGACGCUUUGGAAUCCACCCUGGUGGAGACAGAGGGCCGCUACGGCACCCAGCUGUCCCAGGUGCAGUGCAUGAUCACCAGUGUGGAGGCCCAGCUGGCCGAGAUCCGGGCCGACCUGGAGCGGCAGAACCAGGAGUACCAGGUGCUGCUGGACGUGCGGGCCCGGCUGGAGUGCGAGAUCAACACGUACCGGGGCCUGCUGGAGAGUGAGGACAGCAAGCUGCCCUGUAACCCGUGUGCCCCUGACAGUUCGCCCUCCAAGUCGUGCCUCCCCUGUCUUCCUGCGGCCUCCUGUGGUCCCAGCGCCAUCCGCACAACCUGCAGCCCCCGCCCUAUCUGUGUGCCCUGCCCAGGGGGCCGGUUCUGAGAAUGCUGACCCAGAAGGCCACGGCCAUCAUCUCCGGAU